CCCGAGCCUGCCUCCCUGCCCUCCUCUCUCCGCAGAGAUGUGGUAUGGCGUCUUCCUGUGGGCCCUCGUCUCCUCCCUCUCCUUCCACGUCCCGGCCGCUCUGCUAGCGCUCUUCACACUCAGGCAUCACAAGUACGGCCGGUUCAUGUCCGUGAGCCUCCUGCUGAUGGGCAUCGUGGGACCCAUUACUGCCGGCAUCCUAACAAGUGCUGCCAUUGCUGGAGUUUAUAGAGCUGCAGGGAAAAAAAUGAUUCCCUUUGAAGCCCUCAUUUUAGGAGUGGGUCAGACAUUCUGCGUGGUGGUGGUUUCAUUUCUGCGCAUUUUAGCCACUCUCUAGCCCUUCUUCAGGCACUGGAGAUCGCAAAUUGAAGGAAGAGCAAAGGAUCUGCUGCCUGCGCCACCUCUGAAGCAAACCACAAGGGAGCGCAGCUUGUGACGCUGGUUAAAGGAUUCGUGAAGGCCUGCUCCUGCCUCCGUGAAGCUAAAAAUUGUGAAUUUUGUUACUUUUUGGUAACAUUAAGUGCCAAGUGAAACUUUAUUUCUCUGGAGGGUAGGAAAAGGGCUUCCAGAGGAGGAGGCCCGCAAACUUUUUCCCAGUGGUGAAUUGUAGCAGCAGGGUGUAACUAAGAUACGAUACAGGCUGUCCUGGGGUAGAAACAGUACUGCAUGGCAUUGUGAUGUCUUCGGAACUCACUUAAUGUUUGAUCUCUUGCUGCUUUGUUUGCGGUGAACCUGAAACUAUUUUAAUGUGAAUUUUUUUUAAGUGAGAAACUUAAUUUGUUUUCUUCCUGGCCCCAACUUUCUAAUACUGGGCUCUCGGUCAUAGUGAAUUUUGGAGCGGCAAAAGGAAAAAUCCGUUUAGACAGGUGAAAGUGCAAAUUUGUGGCCGAGGCUGUGACUAUGAAAGCUGUGGCAGGGGAAAUAACCAGUGUAAAAAGCGAUCACUGUGAAUUUUAGUACAGUGAAGCUCUUCAGGCACUGCGUUCCUUCUGCCUGAGAGGCGAAGUGCAGCUGAAGGGGCGCUACGCUCUGCUGACCAUGCUAGAAAUCCCACGGGCGUGUGCGAACGUGCGCUGUUGCUUCUCGGGCUCUGAAGGAGGCUUGUAUUUUUAAACUUCUCCAUUCUCCUUUUACUUGCUGAACGUCUUUACGCUGCUGUGGUGGAAUUGGGUGUCUUCACUGACAUGUAAACAUUGCUGGCUGGCUUACAGAAAAUUCAGCACGCUUCGGUGACUGUGCUGCUGAGAACGGCACAGCCAGCGCUGGGUUGUUGUGACCCAGGGUUUUCCCUGCAGAGGCGGGGAGUGCGCUGUGUUUUUGGCAUCCAGCCCGCAGCGUGCCGGCAGGCAAGAUGCCUGCAGGGGUCCUGGGAGGAGCCUGGGCAAUUCCCAUCUCCAUCAGGGAUGAGCCUUGCAAAUGUAGCCCCAAACCAACCCUUACUGGCAGGCAGUGUGGUCUCUAAUGAAUUAUUUGAGUUUGUUUUAAGUGACUUUUAACUAACUCUUAGAUCUGCCCUCUUGCCUGGAGGCACGCCACGUGGCCGGGGCUCGUGGGUCGCUAGCUGGGCGCUUUCUGGGAGCUUGGUUUUUUUGGGGAGGCUCUUGGGGAAGCUGAGGUUGAAUCCCAUGGAUGCAGCUGGGUGGUGUAGCCAGCCCCGCGGCUUUGCUGUGGUCCUUGUUUGUCUGUUACCAGCUGACGGCCGUGUGGGCUGCCGAGGGAAGGCGCUGUCUGUGCCCAGCCUCCCAGGACACAUGUCCCAUCUGUCCCAUCCCAGCUGAAUUCCUUUGGUUUCCAAACCAGCUCUCCUCUUGGACCCGCAACGCUUCGUAAGGCCGGUUGUCUUCCGCGAACCCCGUGUCCUCUGUGCUGAAACAACCUCCAACAGGGCCAUGUGCUUAUCAUGAAGAAUUUCUCUCUCUGUGCUAACUUCUCUGGGGUGCUCUGGUGACAGCUGAUGGGGAGAGGUGUUUGUCAGGAGCUACUUACUGAGAUUACUCUAAAUUUUAGCCUGUGUUAAUUCAGGGCACAAAGCUGUGCGUUUUAGGAAUGAUUUUAAUGUGAAUUCUUCUCCUUAGGUGAGUGAGGUCCAAGGGGUACACUAAACCCUGGAUUUUUGGAGUGCCCCAUGUGCUGUGCUGCUUGUAAAGAGCCAGUCUUCCUACCACCACAUCCCCUGGCGGAAGAUUUGGCCUCUCCUUCCCUCUUUGCUUCUGCCCCCAGUGAAAAAGCAGGAAUUACAAUCUCUCUAGAUGUCCUUUCCCCCUUCCCGCUUCUUGUUUCAAAUGGCUGCAUACACAGCGCGUGCCUGGAGUGCCUGGUUUAAUUCACGUGAGUUAUCCUGCAUUUUCCUGGAUGGAUUAAAAGUCCCUUGUGGGACUUGGACUGGGCAGGUCUGGCCUUACCUUUCAGGUGAUGCUAGAAACCAGUGUCCUGGGCAGCCGCUGUGCUCCCCUUUCCCCCUGCCCCGGUGCCUGGCGUCCCUUGGUAGCAAGGACUAAGCUGAUGGCAGCGGGGAAAGCACUUUAGCAGUGUGCCCCAUGCUAUGGCACGAGGAUGGUUCCUCUGCGGUGAUGGGGACAAGGCUGGGCUGUUAAGAGCUCAGAACAAAUGGAAAAAAAAAAAAAAGUUGCUUGAUAAAAUCCCUUGGUGCUGGGCAAACUGAAACCCUUCUGUUUUCUACCCAUUGUGAUCUCCCAGUCUGUUUUGGGGGCGGGGUGGGGGGGAUCUGCUUCACUUCAAGAGUUGGCAGCUCGGCUGCUCUUCGGAAAUUGAGUAGUUGGAGCCAGUGGUGCCUCCCUUUGCCCAGGCAUCAUGAAAUUUUCAGGGAAUUCUUGAAUGAAAGGUGAACAAUCAGCUGCUGACUUGUCCUGACGGGUAUUAGCACUGGGGGAGAGUUCUUUGUGUCGCCUCGGUACCCGCAGAGCAUCCACCGCUCCCCCAGCUGCCUUCCCAACCUCCCUCUCCAGUAUAACCAGAUCCAAAUGGGAAGGAGGAGUAGUUUCGAGUUGAUGCACCGGAUCGGUCGUUGCCAGUGGUUUCCUCCCCUUUGGUUUCCUCCCGUCUCAUCACAUCGGUUUGGUCUUCCCUUGGUGUUCCCUACCCCAGGCGAGGCGAGCGGAGGAAUUCCUUCCGUUUUCAGCAGGUGUUGGUAAACUUCGCUCGGUCAAACUCACCAAAAGCUGCAAAAAGCUUGUGACCACGUCACUGCCGAGGUGUCCCAGGCUGGGCAGCGCUGCGACCCCCUGGCCAGGGAGCCCAGCCAAGAGUGUCGGCCAAGGAAACACCUCGCAGAGAAGCCGCCUGCCCUGGAGAAACAUCGCUGCUCGAGCUGAGACUCGUGGCCCUGCUGCCUGUGUGCGAACGUUUAGAUGCCGCCCAGCUUCCUAACUCGCUAACGACCGCGGCUGUUGUGAACAAAUCUUUGUAUGAUAGAAAACUCUGUAAAUUUUAUUUUUCUACUGACAGUUCUAAUCCUGAUGAUGA